UCUGAAUCAACAGCGCACUUUAGUCCCUGCAUGGUUGGCACUUCAGUAUCAGUUUAAGACCGUCGUUGCGAAACGCGUCUGAAGUGACGGAAAUAAACUAAGAUGUAUUGUUUCUCGGAGCACCAAUAUAUAUUAGGCUACUAACAACUAUUUAUCCACUUGUGAUAUUGAGAUUGGAAGAAUUAUUAAGGACCGUUCUGGUUCUUACUACAAAGUAUCUCUUUCAGAAGGUCGGAUACAAAACUUUCGUCUCAUUACAUUCUGGGAUGUCUCGUGAAAAGUUAAAGGAUGUAGAUAUGUUUUCCUCCUUCAAGAAACAUUCUGAAAGUGAUUGAGACAGAACGUCAGUGUUUGAAAGAAGAGACCAUGCGGGAUGCCAUCGGACACAGAACUGUCGCCUUAGCAUUUUCUUUAUGCUGCAAUCCGGACAAUGAAUGAAACAACUUCUGCAAUGGGGAAUACCAAGAACAGAAGGGCUCUUUAAACAGACAAACAGAAUCUGGCAAGAUUGGCAGAAGCUAUUAAGAAGCAGUCUGUAAAAGCAUAUCCUGACACAGCUACAUCCAAGUAUGAGGAUCAAAUACACAAUAUCCCUUGUCUUUAUUGUGGCACUUGUCAUAAUUGAAAAGGAAAACAACAUUAUCUCGAGGGUUUCAGAUAAACUAGCCUUGAAGCAGACCCCCCAGACUCCUCUACAGCAAGGUAUCUCCUCCCCCCUUCUGCUGAAGUACAAUGGCUCCUUCACCACUCUGAGCAAGCUGGACCCAGCCUUCACCCUGAUGAAGCGGCGCCUAGAGAACUACACGGAGCAUGAGGUUACCCCUAACGGCAGGAAGCACAUCCUCCUGCUAGCCACCACCAGGACCGGUUCAUCCUUUGUGGGCGAGUUCUUCAACCAGCAGGGCGACAACAUGUUUUACCUAUUCGAGCCCCUGUGGCACGUUGAGCGCUCCCUGACGCUAGAGACCGGAGGGACAAAUGCCACGGCGGCGUCCGCAGCCUAUCGGGACGUGCUCCGCCAGCUGUUCCUGUGUGAUUUCACCAUGCUGGAGAGCUUCAUCGAACCCCGGCCCGUGGACCACAUCACCACUGCCCUCUUCCGCAGGGAAUCCAGCAGCUCUCUGUGCGAGGAGUCCGUCUGUAGCCCCAUUGUCAAGAAGGUCUUCGAGCGCUACCACUGCAGGACCAGGCGCUGUGGGCCUCUCAACCUGACGAUGGCCUCUGAAUCCUGCCUGCAGAAGGAGCACAGGGCCAUCAAGUCAGUGAGGGUGCGUCAGCUCGAGACUCUGCGGCCCCUGGCCGAGGACCCGCGCCUGGACGUCAAGUUCAUCCAGCUGGUCAGGGACCCCCGGGCUGUUCUGGCCUCACGCAUGGUGGCCUUCUCUGCCAAGUACAAGAACUGGAAGAAGUGGGCAGUGGAUGGGGACGUGCCUAUCGACGAUGACGAGGUGAGGAAGCUGAAAGGCAACUGCGAUAACAUUAGGAUGUCGGCUGAGGUGGGGUUGCGACAGCCCCCCUGGCUGAGGAGACGCUACAUGCUAGUUCGCUACGAGGACAUCGCCCGAUUCCCCAUGAGGAAGGCUGCAGACAUGUACAGGUUUACCGGCAUCCCAUUCACUCCUCAGGUAAAAAACUGGAUACUCCAAAACACUCAGGCUUCCAAGGAGGCCAGUGGUGUGUACUCAACCCAGAAAAACUCAUCAGAGCAAGUCGAGAAAUGGAGGUUCAGGAUACCAUACAAAAUAGCCCAGGUUGUGCAGAGAGUUUGUGGGCCAACAUUAAAGCUUUUUGGGUACAGAAUAGUUAACAGUCAAGCAAUGCUUACAGACAAGUCCAUCAGUUUGAUAGAGGAAAAGAAUUUCAACUUUACAUAGAGAACAAAAUAGCCCUGCUUGCUGUACAAGCAAACACAAACAUUCAUAUUUACUUGGAACAAAUAGGAUGUAUGUGACUGAAACAGAUCAUUUGACAUGCACAAUGUUUUUGUGAAUAUACAUGCUCUUGUGGAAAGAUUUUGAAUACUGCCUUCCACUUUGCACCUUUUUAUGUUAUCUAUCACACUCUGUGACCAGGUUUCAGGGAUCUGUAAAUCUUUGCUUUAGUUUCCCACCACAUGCUUGUGAAUUUACGAAAAAUAUAUAUGUACACUCCUUUAUAUAAAUAUGAAAUGAGACAGCAUGAAAUAAGUCAUAAAUCUAUAACACUCCAGUACAUUUUGAACAGCUCUUGAACUAUUGGAAAUGACUUUAGAGGGCAGGAAGUCUGGGUUUAAGAACAAAGGCUGCUUUUAAACCAAAGAAAACUUGAAAUUAAUGUUAGAGGUCAAUAAAUGAAUGACUUACUUUGUGUAUAGUAAGAAAUACUGAUCCCCUAUUAUGUAUUUCCUGCAAUGCAAAACACUAAGAAGGGAUUUAUUUGUCAUGUUAAUUUAAAAUAUACUGCAGUUUAUGUUUGUUGACAGGUCAUUAUAACUUAGGCUUUGAGUGCACUCAAUUUCCCAGUGGGCGCCUCCCAUGCUGUAGGUUGCUGGAUGUGCAUGUUUUUUAAUUGGCCAGAAGUCGUUUGAAGUUUUGGAGACAGUGUUGGUACCUGUUCUGUUAAACAGAUGUUUACAGUGGUACUGUAUGUACAGACAUUCGAACUGCAGCUGGUUUGCAGAAUUGUGUGAGAUUUGAUGCAAGGCUAUCGUCUAUUGACACAAGCCUCUUGGCUAGUGAUUAAAAGAGCCUAAACUGUUGUUAUAAACUGUCCAGUGCAAUUUUGAGUUUUGAUCAUAUUUUCAUAUUUGCCCAUGUUCUAGUGUUUAAUUUCAAUUUAUAAUGAACAUGCUUAUGGUGAAUGUGUAUUGCCAGAAAAAGGACUACUCUACAGCUCUCUAUGCAUUCUUCAGCAACCCUCAAGUGCAAUUAUUAGUAUUAUAGUGGUCAUUACCCACCCACAUUAUAUCUCUAUCCUGACUAUGUCUUUGGACCAAAGUGGGCCAAUACGUUAAAAGGCAAUGUAACUAUUAAAGAAAC